CCCACAAUAAUUCGAUCCACCAUGGGAAAGAAACGAAUAAGGCUUCCUCGGAUCGCAAUAGCCCAAGCAUCGUCGACGACCUGGUUCCGCACACCCAUCUGCUGCAUUCCACUCUUUUCCACAAAGGAGGAAGAAGAAGAAGAAGAGCCCUUGUUGGACAAGUCGUUGGUCCGCUUUAAGAUCAGUGGCGUUUCUAGAAGACAAGGUGGCAGCGUAUCGGACACUGGUUGCUGAAGAGCUUGACGGACGAUACAAAGACGGAUAUUUCUUGCUCUUAGGCGAUUCUUCCACUGUUGCCAUGGACGAGUUGACGCGGAAUCGACGCCAUCUGGCUCGCAUGGAGUCGAUGCUCAGAAAUCGAACCGUAGCAGAGAAAACCAGAAGGAGAAUCUUGAGCAGUCGGAGUCUGAAUGGCGGUAGUCAGCACAGUAUACAGGAGGAUGAAGACAAUGAAGAAGAAGAUCCACGUCUCACCAAUCAGGAUCAGACGACUAACACUAACGGCACCACUAACACCACUAACACUACAGAGAGCGAGAUCCACAAGAACGAUUCCAACGUAUCCAACUUAUCCGAUAGUUCCCGCAGUGCUCCCAUCUCGGAGAAGAAUGCCUGUAAUGGGACUACUAGUGCUACUAGUGCUAGCACUGCUAAGGGCACCAAUGACAAUGACGUAGUCAAGCCGCAAAAGAAAAAGAAAAUGAAGAACCCUCCGCAACACGUCAAGACAAAGUUCUGUGCGUGGGCUGCCUCCUUUGCCAGUCUCGAUCCUCGCAUUCGCAUUCAUCGCUUCUUUCAGGAAGUUGCUCAAGAGGGAGACCAGAAACUCGCCAAGGACUCCCGCAACCAGCAACCAGAAAAACCCACCAAUGAAAAAUCCGCACGAGAAUUAUUGGCAUCUUGCUUUAAUAUGGCACAAGUAUUUUCCGUCUGGAGGCCGUGCAGCAAAGAGGCCAUUCGUAAAAUGAUGGCAGGACACGGGGUGGGCAAAGGAUUGGAUAUCAAGGGCAAAUCCGCGAAAUUUGGCAAAUGCUCCGCAUAUGUUCCCUUUUUACAAAUUCAUUCCGAACGCGACAAGCACAAGAUCGAAUGGUUGCCUCAAGAUGCCCGCAUGACCAUUUUCUAUGCCACUCUGGAGACGCGAAACCAAGCUCUGAAAGUGGCGACGAGCGUCCGCGAUGAAAUGGUCGCCACAGUCCAAUCGCUCGACGAUUCCAUGCUGUCACAACGCGAUUCCAUUACCGAAGCCGUACGCCAGGCUGGCAUGGACAAUAGCAGCAACAGUCGAUUGUCUCUCAACAAUACCAAUACCAACAGUGAACAUCAAAAAUCGUCUUUGCUGCAACGUCGAACUUCCGAUGACACUCCGGCUCUCAAGAAGAAGAGUGAACAUUCGUUGUUGCAUCGUGCAACGUCCGAUGGCACCGCAGCAUCCAUUCAACAACGCCGUCGUUCUUCCGACCUUGAACGUUCGUCGUUGCAACGGGGAACGUCCGAUGGCACGGCAAUAUUAUCCAUUCGCCGUCGCUCGUCCAACAUGGACGACUCGGCGACGUCCCACAACGCUCGCUCGUCAGUUUCCUUUGAACCCGUUACUGUGGAGGAGGAACGACGCUCGUUGUUGCAAACCAGCAGAACAUCCUCCGACAAUGAUGUCAUUCUCUACACGGCGGCAUCACAACAAAAACAAAAAUGGGAAAUGACGGAUCCAUCCAUCCAAACAGUCGACGAUUACGAAAAGGAUGGAGUCUACGGAAUGGAAUUGCCAGAACGACUCUUUUGGGAAGCCUUUGUCAUUCGAGAGGAAGAACAUUGUCAGCGAUGGAGAAUGCUGCAGAAAAGCAAGCACGGCAAAAAUGCUAACAGCUCUCGGACGACGGAAGAUGCGGAUGAGUCAUCGGAGUCACUGCAUAAACAGGGAUAUGCCGAGUUGGUCAUGGAACAAAUGCUCCAAGUCACAGAAACCCAGAGUCUAGAGGAACCGGUCAUUGAGUGGAUUGACGAAGCCAACCCCAUUGAGGACGAUUCUGCCAAAAGCCUUGAAGAGGAUGACUCUUCCAAACAGACGAGCCUUGCCGAGGAAGCCCCUCCUCCCAUGCCCGUCAAAGAAAACCCCGAUCGUCACAAUACUUCCGGUACGUUGUCCUCGUUCGCAGAUAUGCUCCCCCCACCCGAUUUUGCUUCUACCGAAACUCUACCGAGCUGCAAUCACACCGUCCGCAAGGGACGACGACGACCCAAAACUCCCUCGUGGUCUUUUGUCGUUUGCGACCGGAAUCGAUUCGAAGAACAGAUCCUACGACCGAUUCGACAACGGGACAAGACGUUUCAGAGCAACUAUGACUGCUUUGCGGGGGAACUACGGCGUUCCGGCUUUGAAGAACAAACUACCGGAACGGGCUACUCCCGAUGGCGCCACGUCUACUUUCAAAUGGAUCGGCCCGAAUUGUGUGGUCUGAUUGGAAGCGAACAUGUCACGGGCCGUGAAUCCAUUGUCGCGUACCAAGAUGCCAAUUUCAAGUCGCUGCGCAAGAGUCACAAAAAGGAAAAGGGUCGUCCUCGUGUCGUCUUGUGGAGUCUGCCCGACGACGAAAAUCCGCUGUGUCCGCACAAUCUACUCAUGGCGUACGAAGAAUAUGGACGCGUCGUGCCUGUGGUGUCCGAUUUUGAUGGGUUCUUGGUGGGAACGAAACGAAUUCAUUUUGAAACGGAACUGGAGGAGUACCAGGUGGAUCUGAUGAAGGGGAACAUUAAAACAGCACAUGAGAUUUUGGAAGGCAACACGUCGGGAAGCAGCUGGGCUGCGAAAUGGCAGUAUGCUGGACGUGACCACUUGUUUGCUGGGGCAUCAAAACGACAGGGUAUGCCACGGUUUGGCUACGGCGAUGAGAAGUCGUACAAACUGAUGGAAGACGCUGUCACACGGCUUGCCGAGCUCGACGGUGCUGUGCGGCAUGGGGCAGAAUGCUUCAACUUUGAAUAUCCUCAAGAGAUGGAUCCAUCCUUUUUGGUGAUUUCCGACACUAUCGAGGGCAACGUCCGAUGGCAGUAUGUCGACUCGUCUCAGUUGCACUACUUUCUCCUCAAACGAAUCGUGAAUAAAUUUACGUUCCCUCUCAAUCCCAAAUGGAUUCUUUGUGAUCCUGGGUGGAGCAAAAUUUACGACAAGCUCCUUACGAGCGAUAUUCCCAACAUUCAGCAAUCAAUGAAUGUCUGGUUCCCACCCAAGUCUGGUGUCCGCGAUAUGAUUGCAGAGAUACAAGAGAAGCAUCCCACUGGACUCAGCUUCGAAUCAUCUGGCAACGGUGUUAAAACCACGAGGAAAGCGAGCAUGGGGCUUUCUGUUGUGGCAACCUACAAUCUACAAUCCGACACAAAAGACCAGCAACAACCUGUACAACUGUUUAUCAAUCGCGGAUCUGUGGUGCAGUUUUCUCGGCCUGGGUUGCGUGCAGGGCUGGUCUGCGCCACGAACGAGUGCUGUGUACCAGUCUGCGGGGGAGUGACACAAGCCGUUGUCGAAGCUGGCGGGCGACAACUCUUGAGGGAUGCUAUGAGUCUUCCCAUCAUUACUGAGACAUCCUUUGGUCCCGUUCGGUGCAGCACUGGGGACGCCCAGGUUGUCUCUCGACAAGACGGUAGCAAGUAUGGCAGUUUAGACGUGAGCCACGUGAUCUGGGCUGCGGGUCCUUCGUACGGAGAAUCGUUUUCGUCCGUCAACGACAUUGCAUUAAAGGACGGCUUGCUUCGACUGGCCUAUCAAGCAUCCUUGGAGCGGGCCAAAGAGCAAGGUUUGGAGUCAGUCGGUUUCUCUCUGAUUAGCGCCGGCAAACGUGGUAGUCGAUGGGAUCCUCAGAGGACGUUGCGAAUUGCUAUGCGGGCUAUUUGUGACCAUCGAGAGUUUGGAAGCGUAAAAGAGGUUCACUUGUGCGCCUUUACGGCCAACGAGGUGUCCGCCCUUGAGUGCAUUGCUACCGAGUUUGAAUUGUGCUAAUAGUUGAUGCUUGGUAAUAGGCGAAUAGAAAGCUCAAAAUAUUAAAAUUGCUAGUAAUAUACACAAAGAAGCAUCUAGACAGUAAAAUCGAGAUGCUCAAAUGAGGCCGAAG